AUGCCGGCGACGGGAAUUCCGCGGGUGUUUCCGCAGAUAAAACCAGUCCACCGUCGCCAUUCAUUAUUUUGAUCUUGUUUUCUAUAAAUUAGUUAUGAGAUUAUUCUGAUAAAAACAUUUGUCUAAGAAAGAAAAACGAUGAAUAUCAAGAAACAUUGGCGAACAAACCCAUUGGCGAAUUUAAUUAUGAACUCUCGUCCUGUACUCUACGCCUUAGAGGAGACGGGAGCUUUCAUUUUCUCACCCAUCUCUCAUCAGGGGGAGGGACUCUUCAUCCUCCUACUCAUCCAUUUACUGGGUCCCUUUGGCAAACCAUGGAGCGCUGUUUUAUGGUAGAGAGAGGAACUGAAGUAAAGUCAACCACGACUGAGCGUUACCCAGAAUGAUCGGGUGUAAAGCAUCUAAAUGUGAUUCUUCAAGUUUGUCAUCAGUUCCCAGGGCUAACCUUCCACAAGCGGUGGAAAUUUUUGGGUGGGUAUUAAAUUCUGCCUGAUUACUACACAGAGAUAUAUAUAUAUAUAUAUAUAUAUAAUUCCUUAGUCUUAUCCUGUAUGUUUGGCCAAUAAACUUGGCUGGAUAUCUUAUAUCAUUCACCAAAGUAGAAACAGAACUUGGAUUUUUCUAUAUCCAAUCUAAUGGUCAAAUAUUUUAAGCUGAAACCAGACAUAUAUUUUGCAAAAGAAUGAACCAACGUGGUUUAUUUAAUGGCAAGUCCAUGACUUUGGCAAGUCCACGCUGAUCUCCUUAAUUGUUUCUCUAAAUGGCGUGACAUCAGAAACAUAUGGAUUGAGUAUCAACCUGUUUGUGGAGCAAGUUGAACCUAUUUUUGAUGAGUUCAUGAAUCCAAAAUCUCAAGUAACAUGAUAAAAGAAAUUGGUAAAUCUCAAUCCAACAUCGGCAUAUUAAUCAUAUAUUAAUAUUUUAAAAAUAAUAGAAAAUUAUAAAUCAUGAUGCAAAAUCGAAAUAUGUGAACAAUUAGUCAGCCACCAUCUAGAAAGUGACAUACUUCAGAAGUACAUAUGAAAUAUUGAAAUGAUGUUCUUAAAUAAAGAAAUAACGAUUUGAAUAUGGUGUUGCUUGUGUUUGUUUAUGUCAAAGUGAAUUUUGAAAUUAAAUUGGGAGCUUAAUUCAUAAAAUUUAGAAAUAAAGACAAACUUACGAAGCAGCACAUUCAAAAUAUUGAUUUUCCAAAAAGAAAUAAUAUUUCCCAUACAUCUUUUUUAAAAUUAAUCAUUCAACUAACUUAUUGGGGACAUAUAGCUAUUACUAGAAAAAAGUUUGUGUGGUUUACAAGAGUGUAUUUCAAAAUAAUCAUAAUAUCAUAAAAAAGAUGUGGGUUUAUCAAAAAAUAACUUAGAGCUUUGAUGAAUUCAAAUAAAUGCAAAAAAUAUUAGGCUUCUGAAAUCAAGAAUAUUGAAGUUGUUAGUUGUUGACGUUAAGAAGAAAUAGUAUAGGAUGCAUAUUUAUUUAUCAUAUUUUAUUGCAAAAUCCAUAAUCCUUGGAAUUUUAUAAGCAACAUAAUUGUUGUUUGAUAUUUUUAGUCAUUAAUUUUGGGAACUAGUAAUCACAUAUACUAGUCUAAUUAUAUUUUCCUUUGAAGAUACUCUAAAGUCUAAUUAUAAUGAGAUUUUUGAUAAUCCUUCAAUAAAGCUCUCACUAUGGAUCUAAUGUUAGAAAGAUUGGAGGAUAUUUGUGUAGAUAAAUAUUUUUAAAUAUAGUGAUUCUAAUAAUAAUAAUAAUAAUAGUCGUUCAUGGGGAGACAAUAACCUAUCAUUUUUUAAAUUGGUUUCUUAUAAAAAUUCACAUUUCAGUAUUCCAUUGAAAUCUAGUCAAUAAUUUCUUCAAUAAGAAAUGGUUUUGAGUUUUAUCAUGUCUACGAUGUUGCUGGGAUUCAUUAAAAUGCAAACUAGACAAUUUAUUAAAAUAAAAAAUAUUGGGUGAGAUUUAAACGAAAAUUAAUUUUUACAUCUAUAUUUAAUCUGUAAUGGUAGUAUUUAGUGAUUCUCGAAAGAAUCGGCUUCUCCGAGAAUCAGUGCCAAACGCCAACCGGAAAGAAACGGAGCAACUGAACAGACCUUCUAUGCUCCUGUCUACGCUGCUACCUCGCGCACCGUCGAGUGAGACGCGGUGGGUGUUGACGGCGGCGGCGGUGGCGGCGGCGGCGGCAGUGGCGGCGGCAGUGGCGGCUUCGGUGGCGAAUGAGAGGGUGGAGUACUUAUUCCGUCCAUACUUUUUCUUUUCACAAACUUUCCUCUUCUUCCCGCUCGAUUCCCUCGCAACCUCCCUCCCCCGCCUGCUCUCCCACCUUCGUCAGAGGAUCUUGAAGGCGUUCUUCUGGGGUUCUCCUCCUCCAGGCAACGAGGUUCUAUCAGGAGGGAUCGUUGAGAAUGAGGUGAAGACGACGCUCUUCCAUCCUUCCCUUCCGUCUUUCCCUUCUCCGUCUUUGUGUCUCGUCCUGGACUCUGUUCCCCCUCCUGUUCGUCGGCGCGGGCAAGAGUAGAUGACGAGAGAAUGGAAGUUCCAUUAAUUUGAUUCCUUGUUCUCCGCAUAGGACGAUGUCUUUAUUGUUUUCGGUUGCGUGAUCUUCCAGCCGCCACCCGGAAGUCCUCUGGGCUCAACGAUCUGACAGGGUCUACUUGACCAUCGGCCUGCCUGAUGCGAAGGACGUCGCAGUGAAGUGCGAACCAGAAGGAGUGUUCACCUUCACCGCCAUAGGGGCUCAGAUGGUUUCCUUCCAGGUUCAUCUCAAGCUGUACGGAACCAUCAACCCAGAAGUGAGUCGCUGACCUUCCACUCAUGGUUCAUCUCCUCCUUUGUCUCCAUCAUGACGAUUUUUUCAUCCAAAUGUGAAUGGUAUGGUUAUCUGUGUUUCACUAACCAGCUUGCCAGAUCAAGGCUUUCUCUUGCUAGUCUUCUUGUCAUCCAUCUUUCACUGUCUUGCAAGCCUCGAAGACAGUCAAUGAUCUCUCUGAGGAUAGACUUCGUUUACGGUUUUGACGAAUCACCUGCAGUCAUCUACAUGUCUCUGUUCCUUUUUAGACUUCAACGAAUGGGUUCUUCGAUUGCCCUCGGUCGGCAACCCCUCUUGCUACCUUCAUCAAUCCUCACUGCAACUCUGCGGUAACAGCCCGCCAAGAUCCUAAGCUUUGAUCAUCAUGGUUUUCAUGGUUUCUGGGGCGCAGAGUAGGUCAAGAAAGGACUUCUUUUGGGAGAAAAUUUCCCCUUGAAUCCCUCAAUAAUUACCCUGAUUUAUUUUUAUUUUUUUUGGGUUUCGGAUUGAGCAUUGUCCUCCUAUUGCUCAUAAGUAAUUUUAACCGAUACCCAGUUUUCCAUCAUAAUUCUCCUUAUCUUGUAUCAUAUUCGAAACUAGAAGUGUGCCUAUGGACCAAGCACUAUGAAGCAAGUUCCCAGAGAAAUGCGUGGAAAUGUUCUUUGUCCCGGGGUUUCGUUAUAUUACCCAGCCCAUGUCGAUCCACUUGAGGGAUAUGGCAGGUUGCCACUCGUGUGUGUGUGUGUGCGUGCGUGCGUGGGAUUUCCCAUCCAAUCUUCUGUGCCAGACAUGGUCAACCCUGGUCCCAGCCUAUAUUAUGAGAUGUGGUUGACUUGGUUUUGAGCCUAAGCCUGAGAAAGACUGGCAGAGGUUUCAGCCUGGCCAGGCUUAUGAUAUUAAGAUGUCACCUUAUAGAUAAUACAAUAUCGCUUACAUCUUAUUGAAAAUUUCCUUGAAGAGGAUUAUGGAUUGAAGGACCUUCUCUCUCGGACAAGCAAGUUCUUUGCUUGUAGAACGAUGGAGCAUGCGGUAGACCAUAUCAUCUUCCUCAUUCGUCGUAUUUUACCCUGCUGGUUUUUUCAAGAAUCCCCAUCCUUGUUUCUUCUUCUGCAACCUGUUCCCACAUUUUCCUUUCGUACCUAACUGAACUGUCUUCUGACAUUGGGGAUGCCAGAAUUAUUCGAGUUUUUCUUAGCGUCGACAGACCAAUGGGUGGUUAAUAUGCCUUUGACUUUAUUUUAUCGUGGGAUUAUUUGCAUGUUUGACUUUGAAAUUUAUGUUCAAUUACCAUUUUUUCCUGGUAUUUGUUUUUCUCUGUUUGUCGAAUAUACAGGUGGGUUAAUCAGUUUAAUAUAGCUCAUGCAUAUGUUUUACAGAAUUUGUAUAUGCAGAAUCCACUGCUCUGAAUCUUGUCAGAGUAUUCUGCAAUCUUCAUACUCCUAAAACGUAAGGAAUGUGCUCUCUAGUUUGCAGGCCUACGGAGUUUCGUUCUCCAUGUUGUUUAAUGGCAGAUGAGACCUUCAGCUGCCUGAUUACGGGGCUCUUGUGGGGGAGAGGGUUGACUCCUGAACAUUUCCAGGAACAUAAUUUUCUCAGUUCUUGUUUCAUUUGGCAAUGGUUUCAAGGCUUUUUCUGCACAAAUGCUGUGUCAAUACGCAAACAUUCCCAUUAUGCUAAUUUUACGGUCAACCCACAUCAUACUUGUGGGAAACUGGGCGUGUAUGGGCACGUUUCUUAGGAAAUGUCUUCGGAAUAUGUGGUAUUGAUCGUUGACUUGAAGGACGGAUUGUAGAUUUCACCACUUUUUCAUCACCAGAUAUCUUCCCUGAGCUUUCUUGGGGAGGAAGGUCAACCAUAGAGAUGCGGAAACCAGCUGCAAAGGCCUCCCGUCGAGGAGACUAAAGAGAUCUUGAUAGCACACCUUUGAAUACGCAAUUCUCUCAUAAUCUCGUCUUGAUUCAUUUAAUGUGGGUUCCCAACAUCUGUCCUUGUAUGCCGGAGAAGAAGACCAAAGGAGUAGCUUUACCCAUUGAGCAAUAUAAGCGGUGAUUCUCAAAUCAAACCAAAAGAAGUAGUUUGACUUUACAGAGAAAGUCAUACAGUUGCUUCGAAUCUUGCGGUCUUUCUUUGCAGUUAAGAGAAUCUAGGCUGACUCUCAUCACUUGUGGGCUUGACUAGACGAAUAUUUUAGUCAUAUUUCUACACGGAGUCCUGAUUGUUAUGUUUCCUUUUAGGGUAGUAGGACGAAGAUCGGGCUGAGGAACAUUGUCUGUUCGAUUCAAAAGGAGAACAAAAGCUGGUGGAAGCGGCUGCUGAGGUCGGAAGAGAAGCCCCCUCCCUACAUCAAGGUUGACUGGAAUAAGUGGUGCGACGAGGAUGAGGAAGAGCCUGCGUGUGAGCAUUCUUGGUGGUCUUUCUUUUUUUUUUUUUUACUUAAAAUGACUUUCAUUUGACUUUUGGUCGUUGGUUGACUUAAUGACCCUGCAAGAGACGUAGCUUCCUCUUUGGAUUUGGCCCAGGGGAGGAUUCGAGGUUCCCAUUUUCUGCAGUCCUCUCCGUUUGAGAUCUUCCCUGAUUUGUCUCUCUGCAGCCGACUCUGAGGAUGAAGGGGGUGCCGGCUGUGGUGAUGAUGACGAUGAAUAUGAGGUGAGGCCGGUGGCUUGUGCAGAAGAUGAAACUUCUCUGAGGGACGUCGCUUUGGAUGAUGGAAGGGUCUGCUAAUCUUCCUUUCUCGGAUUCUUGCGCAGGAGAACGGCGACGACGGCGAGAGCAGUGAUGAUAAUGGCUUGCUCUGUAAGUCGGCCUUCUCUGUUGUCACCUCAGCUCCUUCCUCACCAUUUGACUCUCUCUCUCUCUCUCUCUCUCUCUCUCUCUCUCUCUCUCUCUCUCGCUCCUUGCUGAAAAGUGAGCGUAGUGUUGUUCUCUCACCCGUGUCUCUGCUGUUCUGACAGACCUUCCUGAUUUGGAGAAGGCUGGGGCUAGGAGGCAGUGA